CUCCGAGUGACUUAUGGAACGAGAGUCACUGUUGGCUCGAUCAUGAUGUCACGGAAUGACUUUAUGGAUCAGCCUUUUGGCAUUGGAAACAAAAUCGAGAUGCUCGCGAUCAAUAUAAAUAUCGCCCUUUUUCUUCUAUAUGUCCAGGUUCAUCAAUAAACACAAACAAAUCUUCUUUCUCAAACCAUCCCUUAUAUCUCACGACUCUCAAAAAAAAAACACCACUAUGUACUCAGCCUGGACUCUUUUCUCUCUCCUCCUUGCUGCAUCUGCCCCAGUCGUCCUAGGCGGCAAGUGCAAUGCUCCACGCGAAGCAGGUGAGAAUAACAACUGCUUGGGAGGUUCAUACAACGACUGCGUAGCCAGGAACAACCAGCUAUGCACCGGUGAAUGCGCGGGUCAGCCCGCUGGUGGAGCUGGUGCUCCAUGCUUCACAGGAUGCACCACUAGGAACCAGCAAUAUUGCGCUGGCUACUGCAUGAAGAUCAGCAACUGUGAUGACUGCAUUGAGAGUCUCAAGCAAAUGGGGGCAGCUGGAUCCGAUGAGCAACACAAGGAGACUUGUAGCCAGGAAGGUAAGAAUUGUCUUGGAACUGCCCCCAAUGAGUCAACGAGCGAAACUCUCUGGGGUAUAAAAUAUUCUUCGACUCCUCAUCCUCUUGUGACACCCAUCACCUUGAUCAGACGUCACCAUCGAGCAGAAAACGCCGACAAAAUGGCCAACUGGUACUCCUUACCUGCCGAGAUCCGCUGUAUGAUCUUGGAAAUCCUGACAGCACACAAAGACGUCGCACCGUACGCCUCCGUCUCAACAGAAUGGAGAGACUUCAUUGAAAAGAAGACUUUUGCUCAUCUCAGGCUUCACACCUCAUGUCUCGACCACCUUGAGAAGCUCAACGAUCACUAUAGGGGAAAGAUUGAGCAUCUAUGGCUCAACAUAGAGCUCAAAGGAUAUACUUGUCGAUCAUGCCGAAAGAGAGAGUCCCUUACAUUGUCAUACUCUAUUGCCAAGAUCCUGAACGCAGCCAUCACUAGGCUAUUCUCUAUCCUGACGACGUGGAGAGAGCCUUUGACUCUGGAACUUAAUGUUUACUGCCCAAGCGACUCGGAACACUGGUUCAAAAACAGCUACUUCGGAGCUCCGGGCGAAGACAAAUUCGGGUGUCAGCCACAUAGCGCAGAUCCUAUUCACGAUCCAAAGCACGGGUGGUUCAUGGGCCGUGUGACUGAAGCGCCACCAGACGACGCUAUACGACGGCCAUUUGGACUCUCAGAGCUCACUUUUCGAGAGGGCCUCCCUUUGGUGCAUGCCGUGACCAAAUUCGUUCUACGACGACAUACGGUCAAUAGUCUCCCGAAAAGUGUUAAGAAAAUUACCAUAUUUGAAGAUUUCAAUGAGAAAUUUCUCGAAUUGCUUGCUCUUGGUCGAGGUUUGCUCUCGGACCUGAAUCCAGAACGAGUCAGACUUCCAAAACCCGCCCUCGGCGCCGCAUUUGCCGCGCGAAGCCAGAAGCUGGCGCAUAUUUCGGUCGCCUUCAUGAUCGAUGCCCGUCACUUCUUCGAGGCUUGUCAACCAGAUUGGCAAUGGCCCCAUCUAAAAUCUCUCACAUUGACAGCCCGGGCAAUCACCAAGGCCAACGCCCGUCAGACCAACAAGCUUCUGCAAACCGCCGCGCAAUUUGCACUCAACACACCUGAGCUUCAGGUACUGACUCUAUGGCACGGAGAAAGGAGAGAGGCUUGCGCAUUCACCUACUGCAGAAAGGAUGCGGUGGUAUCCUGGCGAGGUACUCGGGACUUGAAGCUGGAGCCUGAGACGCUCAAAGCCUGGGAGAGGGUGGCUGAUAAAUAUGCUGGCCGUGUGCUCAGCGUUGAGAAAAGACUGUUGAUGGAGGAUAUUAUAUCUCAUGGGGAUGCUGCUUGCUGUUUGGGAAGUGGAAAUGAGUACACCUCGGAAACCGAGCACAACGAGCUCACGACAGUCCAAAGGAACAAGGGGUCGAAGAUGUAUGCAUUUAAAUUAUGGCGGUAUAAAUUGACCUAUUAUGUCCCAUUGGAUCUUGGCAUGCAAUAUCAGUCUAUUGUCAUGUUUUCCUAUAAAAGCACAGGAGGUGUGCUCGGUCCAACGCACAUCCGCCUCCUCCAUCUGCUUCCAGCAACGGAUAUCAACAACCCGAUUGAAUCUCGCCUCGAGGCUGUCGCACUCGACAAAAAUCCGGUAUAUGAAGCUCUUUCAUAUUGCUGGGGUGACAGUACUCAGCUUCAAGAGAUAAAAUGCAAUAAUCAAGGAUUCCAAGUCACCGAAAAUCUUUUCAGUGCACUGCAGCACUUGAGGAACGAGCAUACCGAGCGAACGCUAUGGAUCGACGCCAUCUGCAUCAACCAGAAAGACCUGGAGGAGCGCCAAUCUCAAGUUGUACUUAUGAAAGACAUCUACACCAAAUCAGAGAGAGUGGUCAUCUGGUUAGGUCCCGAUCCCGCCUCCGAUGGAGUCAACCACUUGUUCGAGAUGGUACAAACGAUUCCAAAUCUUCCAAGUCCUCAACUUAGCAAAAGAGAGAGAACCUUCUUUGAGAUGAAUGUAGUUGAUGCUGAUCGCUGGAAUCAAGGCGAGGACGCGGCUUGCUCCAAAGUCCUGGAUAAGAAAGAUUUUGUCAUACCUAACCAAGCCAAGAAAGGCGCAAUCGCUAUAUUGAAAAGACCAUGGUGGUCAAGGGUGUGGACCGUUCAGGAGAUGGUUCUAGCUCCUAGUGCGAUCAUCACGUGCGGAAAUUUAGCUGCUCCAUCGCUAGACGUCCGACGCACAUGCGCCGAUGUUCUCAUGCACGCAGUUACCGACGCCUUUGAUACUGGCGAUGAUGACGAUCUUUUAGAUUUUGGAGACUUGUUUGACGACCCUGAUGGCAUACUAUACAUGGCCAGAAUGAGAUUGCAUCGCAGUUUCAGUACGAAAAUGGAGCUUGGGAAGCUGCUCCAUUUUCUUAGGUGGUUGAGAGCCAAAGAUCCAAGGGACAAAGUAUACGGCUCUCUGGGUAUCGCCGCAUCAACAUAUGGCAUCGAGCCGGAUUACACCAUUUCCACCGUGGAAUGCUACACACGUGCAGCCUUCAAUAUAAUAAGCGGUAGCCGUUCAUUGGAGAUUUUCAGCGCUCUACGAAGGCCGUCUUGUAUAGGAACUACCUUGGCAGGGUUGCCUUCGUGGGUGCCUGACUGGAGCUACGACUUCUCUAGUGUUCCGGAUGAAGAAAAGGGCCCCUCCGGUAUCAAUAACCCUAUCAUACGGGAAAACGUUCGGACCCCAAUAAUGUUGGAAAUGACGGAUGCGUUUCCCGAAUGGAAGGCGUCCACGUCCAACAUGUCUUUUACUACAAGGCUUCUGAGCGACGGCAAAACGCUAAUUCUCAGGGGUAUUAUCGUGGAUGAGUUAAAUUCUGUUGGGGACAAGCUAGAAUACCCCUAUCCGGGACCUGAACUACAAUCUGACAACGUAGUCACUGACUCAAUUCGCGAAUUCAAGAGAAAUUGGAAGAUCUUUGGGUCUAUUGGAGCUGUCAUGGAUACCAUUAAAGGUUGGCAAGAUCUAGCUUUCGAAACUGGAAAUCUCCAGACGAUGCCCGGUGAAACCCGAAUGGAAGCUUUCCUCACAACCCUAUUGAGUAACCGGAUUCGUCUCAGCGCUGAUCGACGCAAAGUCCUGGACUAUCUACAACAGAGUAUGAAAACCAGCUUCGAAAUGACCAGGAGUGGCAUGGUUAUAAAUCAGCUUCAUCUUUCACACGUGGUACCAAAACUCUAUCACAAACUGCUGGGAUACAGGAAGAUAAGCAGCAUAAAUGAGAGCGAGGUUCUCUCAUUCGGGAAGUCUUUCACCGACGUACAAUUGGCUUUUGACCAAAGAAUGGCAACGACGAGCUCAGGAUAUCUCAGCUUAGUUCCUUGGCCUGCUCGAGCUGGUGAUCGGAUUGCGCUGCUUCAGGGUGGAAGGACGCCCUAUGUGCUGCGGAAAGCUGGCGAGAAAUGGAAGAUCCUUGGGGAUUGCUACGUUCAUGGGGUCAUGUCUGGCGAGGCAUGGAGCGAUGAAAAGUGUGCACGCGUAAGUAUCUCCGCUUGGGGUAUUCACCACGAUAAGGACAUAUAUCCUAAUGCGUACACCUUUGAACCAUUUCACUUCGUACCGUUUCACAAGGAUGAGGGCAUUCAGGACGUGCACUCUCUCGUCACUCCAUCAGAGAACUAUGUCCCGUUUGGGAUUGGGAAACAUUCUUGUCCUGGGAGACUAUUUGCAGCCGUUGUAACGAAGGUGUUUCUUGCGUAUUUGGCGAUGAAUUACGACCUGGAAGAGGGCGAAGCUGAGAAUCCGGAGGAAGGCGAAUUGUGUACAGUCUUAAGCAUACAUUCAAUUCCAUCAAAGCCGACAGUGAUCGGUCUCUACGGUCUUCCAGCUACCGGGAAAUCCACCGUUCUCGAAGGCCUGCGCAACAAACUCGGCGAGACGGAAUUCGCAUUCUUCGAAGGCUCCGAAGUCAUUUCCUACCUCGUCCCCGGUGGCCUGAAGGCCUUCCAGAAACUCGAAGAACCCGAAAAGAAAAAGUGGCGAGCUCAAGCCAUCACCCACAUCAAGAAUGAAGCUGCAACCAGCGGCAAAAUCGCCGUCGUCACUGGACACUUCAUGUUCUGGGCUAAACGGGCUACUGCCCCUCACGCUGUAUACACACCUGAAGACAUGGAAACAUUCACGCACAUUAUCUACUUUAACCCCUGUUCCGUGAUUAUUAUGGCUCACAUCAUGAAUGACAAGAAGAAGGACAGAUUUGACAUGACCGAUCUGACCUCAGAAAACUGGGGUCGUUGGCGAAGCCUUGAAGUCAGGACCCUGCAGGACCUCUGUCGUCAGCAUAAAAUUAUCUUUACUACUCAUUUCCAAGAGCUCGCACCGGCUGGAGCCAAUCUCGCACAGGUGAAGAAGCGGCUUGAUCAGAUCGUCGCUUUACACGACAGUAAGGAGCUGCAGACAUUCUUGGUCUUUGAUGGCGACAGAACCCUGUCGGCUGAAGAUGGCGGUCGUAUCCUCGUGGACGAAAUGGAUAACUACGGCAUGGGCCUUGAUGAAUGUGCCAUAAGAGACCUUUUCAGUGGUCCAAUGGGAUACUCGGAUGAGGCAUUUCAUCAAGCGACUGUGAUCUUCGAAGAAGAAUGCGAUGACGACAUGUUCGAAAAUCGUUGCAACAGGGCUGUCAAAGUGAUUGGCGGUGGAAGAUUCUCGGAUGGAUACUUCGUCACUCCUGGGGUCAAGGCUGCUGUUGUGUCGCACCUCAGAGACGUGCAUGAUCUCUACAUCUUUCACGCCACCAACAAAGCCGCUGCCAAGCUUCUCAUGUCCCCCAUGCGCGACGCCGCAGUAGCUGGCCCCAUGUUACGAGACGCGCACGCCAAUGUUGGCCGAUAUCUAGCCACUGAGUAUGUAUCCAAGCUCGUCGGUCUUGAGGAGUACACCAUUUCGCAUGUGCAGGGCCAUCAGACAACCGGUCAUCGUCUGCGCAAUGAAUCUCGUACUUCGAUCGUGGCGUUGAUGCGAGGUGGUGAGCCGAUGGCAUUCGGCAUCAGCGACGUAUUCCCACAAGCCAUGUUCAUCCAUGCCUCCAGUGCAGAAGACGUCAAGAAACAUCACAUUCAGGGCCAGUCGAAUGUGAUCUUGGUGGACUCUGUGGUCAACAGCGGGAAGAGUGUGAUUGAGUUCAUCAAGCGUGUCGUCCGUCUGGAACCCAAUAUCAGCGUUGUGAUCGUGGCUGGGGUAGUUCAGGCUGAGGCGAUCGCUGAAGGUCAUCUACUUGCGAAGGUGAUGAGACGACAUGAGGUUGGACUGGUUGCACUUCGACUGUCGGAGAACAAGUUCACGGGCACGAAGACGACCGACACUGGGAAUCGCCUCUUCAACACGACUCACUUGGCUUAAGAC